GGAUAACUAAGGGAGAGGGGAUACUGGGGCAAGGCACCUUUGUUACCUGUCAGCCUACCUCUGCGAACUACGUACGGAGACUAUCCGACACAUUUGUACUGUGCUAAGGGUUGAACAAACGUUUCUUGUGUCGGGAUGCAUGAUGCGUUGGGAGACUCGACAAAGUACAUCUUCCCACACAGAGCUCAAACAUACGGUUCCAUUUUGACAGUGAAACCCUUUGAAAUAUCUUGGGAUUGGGAAAUGACAUGUUAGAAAAUUAGGACUGGAUAUGACACUUUUUAAGCAACUAUAUCUUCGUAUCAGAGAAUAAGAUCACGUUGUAUGUUAACAGAGGCGAGGAAAAGGCAUGCCCUUCAUGAAGGUUUAGAACAUAUUCCCCCUAGGAGCAACUGCACGCUCCCGUAGAGCACUCUAUGGAUGAAAGUUGCCCUCACUAAACUAAAUGCAUCACAGCGAACAGAGGUCGUUUAAAAUUGGAAAAUUAGUAUUAGUACAUGAAUAAGGAAUACAAUCUGUUGGUAAUUCUGAUUUUUAAAGAACAACUGCAUUCAGCACGUGAGUAAGUAGGAACUGCUAAAAUCAACCCUGGCAGGGUUUCUCUAGAUUCAUGUGCGCUUAGGAAGUGUUGCCAACAAACAGAGACAAAUUGCGACCCAAACUGGUUCGAUGCUGUCGGAGUAGCUAAUGAAAAGAUUGCCUGGCAUUUUCGAAUCAUAAUUAGUCGUACCCAGUAUUUGUGGUUUAUUUGAACAUAUUAUGAGUGAAGAAGUAUUCGAUGUAAUUCUAACGAAAAAAAGAUGCUUUCUAUGCCAUAUUGGCAAGCCUCACGUUAUGCCUGCCAGAGAGAGACAGAGAAAAGGGAGCGCUCGCAGAUCUGGAAAUCGUAUGUUUACAUACAGUGCUGUGAUCCCCAACCAGGAGCAUGACUGACAUCCGUUCAGUGUGUGUGUGCUAAAAAAUGACAUCAAAUCUUUGAAUUGUACUGCACAGUGGCCAUUACUUGGCCCGACACAAUUGGCUUGUGUUCAUUACUGUGGCAUAACUUAUCCCGGAGUAGUGACCUUGCUGGUCCCAAUGAUUGGUGCUGACAAAGAAAACUCCAUGAUGGCUGGGAGUGAUCCUCUUCAGGUUGCUCACGGCGUGUUUGUGAGAUGGCUUAAGGAUUUCCAAGACAAGAAGAUGAGUCCCAAACGAAAGAACAUCAUGGGUUUGUUGAAAGAGCUCAACAAGCCCAAACCAAGUCUGAAGAGGAAGCUGAAUUCCACGGAUGAAUCUGAUCCCAUAUACCCAUUGAAGCGCAUCACAUUGAAGAACCCAAGAGAGCGGGAAAGGCUUAUGCGGCUCAAGCUCAUGGAUCUCUUAUGCAAGUGGAACAAUGUCAUGACAGUCUUUCCAGUGGAUCCACGACUGAUUCCAUCGGUUUUGGCUCAGUCCCAAAGUGGUAUCCCCAUUUCCAAUGCAGUAUUCAAGUCUCAAAUGAUGGUCCUCCAAUCCAUGCUACAACGCUUUGUGAAGAGCAUUCCAGAAUAUCAAUCGUUAUGCGAGCACGAUCAAGCUCAGCUGUGGAGUCAAAAUGGUGACAUGGUCAAUGCUUUGGUGCUGGCCAAGUGCCUAAGUCAACAGUUGCCAUUGUCCACCAAGAUUUGGUGGCUUCUGCUUUGCAUGGAGAAUUCGCUUGAUCACAUCACCAAAUCCGAGCAACUUCAAGAUCUGUCUCAAUCUAUGGUCCUGAAGUUCGAGUUUCGUCAGAAUAUGAGCACCAAGGAUUACAACCUGAUGGAGAAGCUCAUUCAAGACAUCAAUUCCUACUCGUUCUCCACCUGUUGGCUGUGCUUUAUAACUUAUGCUUGUGUGUUCCAAACGACUCCUAAUUCAAGGUGUCAGUGUGAUCAGCCCGAUGAUCGGGUCAAUUUUGGUGUUUCCAUCCUCGACAUUGUCUCGUGUUUGGGCUGGAAGCAAAGUGGGUUCCUUACCUUCUUGGAAAAUCUAAAAGAAUUCAGUCUUAUUGUCAAAAACUCCGAGAUGGCAGAGAAAGUGGAUCGACCCUUGAUUGAGCCAUUUUCCUACGUUGAACAGAUGAACGUGACUGCCAUGGUUACUGACGUGGCCAAUUCAUUCAGAGACAUCAGCAUGGGACCGGACAUGGUCCAAGAAAUGCUCAUGAUGAGCUUGAAUGUUCCCACAUCAAAGAGGUUUCACAACCAGGUCCUCAUGGUUUGGCACAAACGCUUCCAUGUGAUUAUGAACAAGUUUGAGAACUUUUUUGAGCUUGACAGUCCUCUUAAAGAGACCUUAGUGACGGAAGGUAUGCUGCAGUCCCUCGGAAUGCUCGUGUACUGGCUUGAAUUCCUCAAGUGCCCUUGGGAGCAAGCCAACUUCAUUUUAGGGGGCGCCGAUCUGCUUCAGUAUAAGCAAUUAUUUGCCAGCCACAAAGGCCUGAAACCCACGCCUUUCAAACUUGCCGACUUCUUGGAACCUGGGGAAGAGCUAGAGGUGGAACGCGUUCAACACACGGUUCAAUCGGGCUACGAGGGUCUCCGAAUGCUGGUGAACGAUUGGGAAACGUUUUGCCUCGUUCUACUCUUUGUUUUGUUUCAACCGGCCUGGAAGACGAACAAGAGCGAGUUCAAAGGCGCGGGAAAAUUGAGUUCCUGGUUUGAAACGAUCUUGAUUAGGAAAACGCUUUUCAAGUCGCAGAAGGCCUUGGAGAAGCUCCAAAUGAUCGACCAUUUGGCCAGUGCUGUCAAUUAUGUCUUGAAGUUGAGAUGAAAUCACCCCUUCAACCUAUUUCAUCAACGUAUUACUCCUGGCAAUUUUCCUAAUUCAAUGACCUUUCCAAAUCAAGGCCACUCUGCCGGUGGACACCACUCGAAACCUAACGAGUCAUGUGCCCAGGCAUGUAUUCCUUCUAAUGCAAUAGAUUGCCAAGAAAUAAAUUAUUAUAUCUUAUAUAUAUA